AUGAAGGGUGUCAAUGGUUAUGCCAUCUUUGGAAGAGCACCAGAUGUAAGGGAAUUUUACGUCACCUUUUAUGUAGCUUGCUUAUAAAGCGUCUAUGUAGUGCUUAUGAUAAUGACUACUUUGUGGAUGCUCUAUAAUGCCUUAAAGUUAAGUUUCUACAAUGUUCACACGUGUCUUUGGAUGAAACAAACUAAGAUAUAGCUUAGAACUAUAGUUUUUCAACACACCUUUUAGACUUGGGGCUAAAUUCCACUGCCAACAUUGUUCCACCAGUGUUUCCGCUGUAUUCAUUUAGCAGUGGCACACCAAAUUAUUUAAUACAUUUUCGUGAUGGAAAAACGCUUUCAGUGUAAACUUAAAUGACUAAACCCAGACAAAGAAUGUAGAAAAUAAAAUUGACCUAUAUAUUUUUGAAUAAUAUCAUCUUUGAGAACUAGAAAUCGCCUAAAUAUAAUCUAGACACAGGGAGAAAUUAGGAGUGUUUUUGGGAUGGCUGGAUUACUGAUGGGCCACGCAGGGUACAUGACCAGGGGCCCCGAUUGGGGUCCCCAUUGGUUUUGUUAUAAUGUUCUAUACAUUUUAGCCAUGGCAAAAAUGUAUAGAAUUGCAGGAAAUAGGAAAACAGCCAAUUUUUCUCUCUGCUGCCAAUUCCGGACUGAUUUAAGCCGCGCCCACAACCCCCAUCCCCCAUGCCUGGUGGGAUCCCCUCGUGUGGUCCUGAGUGGCUCAGUGUGUAGAGCAUGGUGCUUGUAACGCCAAGGGUCCUGGGUUCGAUUCCCUCUGUCGGCCACCCAUAUAUAAAAUGUAUGCAUGCAUGAUUGUAAGUUGCUUUGGAUAAAAGCGUCUGAUAAAUGGCAUACAGUACCUUCGGAAAGUAUUCAGACCCCUUUUUCCACAUUUUGUAAGGUUACAGCCUUAUUAAAAAAUGUAUUAAAUUGUUUUUUUCCCCUCAUCAAUCUACACACAAUACCCCAUAAUGACAAAGCAGAAACAGGUUUUUAGACAUUUCUACAUAAGUAUUCAGACCCAUUACUCAGUACUUUGUUGAAGCACCUUUGGCAGCGAUUACAGCCUUGACUCUUCUUGGGUAUGACGCUACAAGCUUGGCACACCUGAAUUUGGCGAGUUUCUCCCAUUCUUCUCUGCAGAUCCUCUCAAGCUCUUGUCAGGUUGGAUGGGGAGUGUUGCUGCACAGCUAUUUUCAGGUCUCUAGAGAUGUUAGAUCAGGUUCAAGUCCGGGCUCUGGCUGGGCCGCUCAAGGACAUUUAGAGACUUGUCCCGAAGCCACUCCUGCGUUGUCUUUGCUGUGUGCUUAGGGUCGUUGUCCUGUUGGAAGGUGAACCUUCGCCCCAGUCUGAGGUCUUGUGGUUCUCUGUAGCUCAGCUGGUAGAGCACGGCGCUUGUAACGCCAAGGUAGUGGGUUCGAUCCCCGGGACCACCCAUACACAAAAAAAAAUGUAUGCACGCGUGACUGUAAGUCGCUUUGGAUAAAAGCGUCUGCUAAAUGGCAUAUUAUUAUAUUUAUUAUAGGUCCUGAGCGCUCUGGAGCAGGUUUUCAUUAAGAAUCUCUCUGUACUUUGCUCUGUUCAUUUUGCCUCAAUCCUGACUAGUCUCCCAGUCCCUGCCUCUGAAAAACAUCCCCACAGCAUGAUGAUGCCACCACCAUGCUUCACCGUAGGGAUGGUGCCAGGUUUCCGCCAGACAUGACACUUGGCAUUCAGGCCAAAGAGUUCAAUCUUGGUUUCAUCAGACCAGAGAAUCUUGUUAGUCAUGGUCUGAGUCUUUAGGUGCCUUUUGGCAAACUCCAAGCGGGCCGUGAUGUGCCUUUUUACUGAGGAGUGGCUUCCAUCUGGCCACACUACCAUGAUGGCCUGAUUGGUGGAGUGCUGCAGAGAUGGUUGUCCUUCUGGAAGGUUCUCCCAUCUCCACAGAGGAACUCUAGAGCUCUGUCAGAGUGACCAUUGGGUUCUUGGUCACCUACCUGACCAAGGCCCUUCUCCCCCGAUUGCUCAGUUUGGCUGGGCGGCCAGCUCUAGGGAGAGUCUUGGUGGUUCCAAACUUCUUCGAUUUAAGAAUGAUGGAGGCCACUGUGUUCUUGGGGACAUUCAAUGCUGCAGACCUUUUUGGUACCCUUCCCCAGAUCUGUGCUUUGACACAAUCCUGUCUCGGAGCUCUACGGACAAUUCCUUCGACCUCAUGGCUUGGGUUUUGCUUUGACAUGCACUGUCAACUGUGGGACCUUAUAUAGACAGGUGUGUGCCUUUCCAAAUCAUGUCCAAUCAAGUUGUAGAAACAUCUCAAGGAUGGUCAAUGGAAGCAGGAUGCACCUGAGCGCAAUUUCGAGUCUCGUAGCAAAGGGUCUGAAUACUUUGUUUUAUUUUUAAUACAUUUGCAAAUGGGGUAUUGUGUGUGGAUUUAUUCCAUUUUAUAAUAAGGCUGUAACAUAACAAAGUGGAAAAAGUGAAUACUUUCCGAAGGCACUGUAUAUUAUUGUUUCUGUAUUUAUGUAAUUCCCUUCUCUCUCAUCCAUAUAGUCAAGCCUCAUCCUGUUUUCUCUCCUCUCUUCCUGGCAGUCCCCUCACCAAAAUGACUAAGGCCCCUAGCACCAAUGUUUGCUUUCACUUUCCCCUAAUGUGAUUCAUUAUGUAACAAGUAGACUCUGAUCAAAAUAAAUUAAGAAAAAGGACAAAAUUCUCUACUGAUUAUGGAGUCAGUCCUUCUAUCUAAGCCAGUUCGCUCUAAGCCAGUCUCUAGCAACUCUGGUUAUUUUUACUAUGACCUUAUGUAGGAGCUGCACCAUAGCAUUUUAGGUACUAGAAUGAUGUGUUUCUGGUGUUUAACCAGGUAGAACUUUGUAUGUGUGCCUGUCAGCAGGAGGUGGAUGUGGACACGAUGAGCAAGACACCCCCUAACAGAAGAGGAAUAACGUUUGAGGUGGGAGCAACGCUAGAGGCCAGAGACGCCCUCAAAAACUGGUGAGUCACGCUUCAGUUCCUCUCUCACUCUUUCUCUUUGUCAGUACAUUGUCUUUCUCUACCUGCAAUCUAUCUCUUUGUUGCUUUCCUCAGCUCCUUUUCAGUCUCUUUCUCUCUCUUUCUGCUAUUCUCUGUUAUCCUCUCUUAUUACCUAUACACCAAUUAUCUCUUGUCUUCCAGUUGAGUUCCUUUGCUCCCAACUCAAUCACCCCUCUCGUAUAUAUCCCCUGCUCCUAGGUAUCCGGCCAACAUAGAGAAGAUUGACUAUGAUGACGAGAAGGUCCUGAUCCACUACCGUCAGUGGAGCCACCGCUAUGACGAGUGGUUUGACUGGACCAGCCCCUACCUGAGACCUGUAGAGAGGAUCCAGCUGAGACGACAGGGACUGCUGGACGACUGUCCUAUCCCUGUAAGAGAUGUACUCUAUUUAAUUACUUAUUCUCCCUACUAUAUUCCUACUGAUUGCUCUACUUAGCUUUACCUGGCCUUCUGUUUUCUCCGCCUACUUCUAUUGGAUUUCAUUUGCUCAGGCUGAUACUGGAUCCAUGUUUGACAGUGACACUUCAUUUCAUCUGUCUGUCCAGGGAUUUCAUGUGAAUGACAAGGUCCUCGCCAGUUGGUCUGAUUGCCGCUUCUACCCUGCCAAGGUCUUGGCAGUGAAUAAAGAUGGUGAGUGGUUUGGAAGUACACUCAUAUGCAUAUUGAAGAGAUUUAUGGAUUCUGUUCAGCAUCAACGUGAUCCAUCUGAUCUCCAUUUGCCCUCAGCAUCUUACACCGUGAAGUUUUAUGAUGGAGUCGUCCAGACGGUGAAGGGGAUCCAUGUGAAGCCUUUUGUCAGAAAGGUGAGCUCUUUGUUUCCUUCUCUCAUCAGGGACUAUAAAUAGUUGUUUUUGCCUGCUCAAAGGGCAUUUAUCUGUUCAUAUUGUGUUGGCUUGCCAUGCAGAGGGUCACGUUUCUGUGGGUUGUACUUUGCCUAAUUUUCCUCUCUUUUCAUCCCCCUCUCUUCGUGGAAAUAGAGAGGAGGAGGGAAGACUCGGUCUGCUGAGAGGAACGGAGUCAAGAAGCCCCAGAAUGGCAGAGACAAGAGGCCUCAGGAAUACGGCCCCAAGAACAAAAGAACCAGACGCAGUACCUCUGACCAGGAGGGGGACAGUGACACAGAGGAUGGUGAUGAUGAAGAUGAUUGGCACGAGAGGGAGGGGGAGGAGAAGACCAAGAGGAAGGAUAGUGAGGGGGACGUCACCAAAGAGAGACCACCCAUAGUUAAGCAGGAGGAGGAUAUAGAGCAACAUGCAGGACAGAACAACCUCAGGGAUCACAUGACAGCCACUGUGGACCCGACUGGAGUAAAAGUGGAAGAAGACGGAGGACAGAGUGAGGAGAGGCCUACUCAUAAUUUAAAUGAAGGUAUAAAGAAAGAAGAGGAGGAAAUAAAAACUGUGUACACAGUCCUGAGUUCACCUAAUGAAACUAAGCCACCCAUUGAGUCACCCAAUCAGAUGUCAACACAGACCGGGCCAGUGUCUGUCCCAUUACCCUCAGCUAUCCCCACCAAUGACAGAGUGGAGCAGAAGGCAGCAAGCCAACCGGAUAGCUCCAAACCUGCACUGCUGGUCCUCCCAGUGAAACGUAAGGCCACACAACUUUUCAGAAAAUCACUAUCCAAAAGGCCUCCUUAUAUUUCCAAUGAAUGGAAGCGGUCAGUACACUCAUAUUUAGAGGUUCUGUCCAUUUUAGAGGUUUAUUUUCUCACAAGUCGUCAAAAUAGUAUAAAAGGUUUGAAACUAGAUUUAUGAGAAUUCUAAGUGGAAUGUUUUAAUUUGUGUUGAAUGUCGUCAGUCAGUGACUGUCAGUUUUUAAUUUGUGUUGAAUGUCGUCAGUCAGUGACUGUCAGUUUAUAUGGUCUAUGUCUUUAUUUCCAGCGAUAAGGAAGCAGGGUUUCCACAACCCGAACAGAUUUAGCAGAGAGCCAUGUGAGUUCUCGCCCUGCACUCUGUUACAUCAUUCAGUCUAUCAGUUUACAUAAGUGUCUCUCUACUCCUAGCUGUUUGUCCAUCCUCUCUUACACUUCUCCAUUGUUUUUUCAGUGUACAGAGUGAUCAAAAACCAGCCUCCCCCGGUCCUGUCCAUCAACUUGGACCACAACCCAUUUAAAUGCAGCGCUGUAGGCUGCACCAAGUCAUUCCGCAAGGCCAAGCUGCUUCACUACCACAUGAAAUACUACCAUGGAGAGGACCAGCAGCUAGAGGACGACCUCAGCCCCACCAGGAGCGUCCAUACCCGGGCCUCAGAGAAGCACCCCUCCCCUAACUCUCUGGAGAGUCCUAAGAGGAGACGCACCAUCUCCGCCUCAAUGCGUAAGUGUCAAGAAAGGGCCAUAGCUACAUGAUAGAUUCACCCAAAGAGGAAAUCGGUUUUAGUCAUAGUAUUGUGUUUUUCUACGCCUGGCAGACUCCACUGUGCACAGUCCUACUAGAACUCCCCCGUCUCCACGUAGUGAGGCCAAGACAAUGAACAGACGCACAUCAGCUCCAUCUGCUGUCAACACCCAGCGCCAGCAGCAGAGGGCUCUACUGAGGGAGAAGAGCAAAGAGAACCAGCUGGACAGGAAUGGACAGAGACCGGUGGAGACAGAGACUACUGAGAGCAGUGGUAUGGACAUAUGUCUGUGUAAGAUGUGGAAAGACAUGAAGAGAAGGCUUAAAUGAAAAAUCCACUCAACUAUAUUUUGGUAUUUUUUUCUCCAUUUCUCCACACUGUUAAUAGGCAGCCCCCUGCACCUCUCGGAUUGAGGGGUUGGGUUAAAUGCGGAAGACACAUUUCAGUUGAAUGCAUUGUUGUACAACUGACAAGUAUCCCCCUUUCCCUUCCCUAAUACAUGUCAGCAGUCAAGUGUUCAAGGUAUUGACUUUUAAGAAGCAAAGUGUCACUUGCCACAUCAUGAUGAUGAGAAAGCAUUAAAAGACGCAAAACACAUCAUUAUGAUGUGGCAGGUGACAGUUUGCUUCUUGAAAAUCCUAUAUCUUGAAAACAUUUUGGGACUCUUAUCAACAGUGGACUAAUGAAAAAAAAUACCCAAAGAUAGUUUUUGAGUGGAUUUUUCCUUUAAAUAGGCCUUUGGCUUUGAGCAAAUGUGUAGCUAUCUUUGCUGAUUUCUGAUCAAAGAUUCACUUUCUCUUAACAUGACACAACAGGAUUAUUGAGAAAUUGUGCAUGCUCCAGUGUUUGUGGUGGCGGAACACGCCUUCAGACUCUAGAGCACUCUCCUAACUCUUGGUUCCCCCUGUGUCACUCCAGCAUUGGUGAAAGAACGAGAUCGGCUGAAAGAUAAGAAACAGAGGGACUUCCUUCGCAUUAAUCUGAAGAAGAAGAAAAAGAAGAAAAAGAAGGCCAAGUUUGGUAAGGAGACCCUAGUAAUCCUACUGUUCUGCAUGGGGCUCCUGUCAUAUAGCUUUAGCUAGGCUGCAUGUGCAACGCUUCAUUCAGGCCAUGGGAAGGCCCCUGAGAUAUUUCAUUCACGCCGCUUGGUAGGUGUGGUGUGUUCUUUUUACCCUUAUUUUACCAGGUAAGUUGACUGAGAACACAUUCUCAUUUACAGCAACGACCUUGGGAAUAGUUACAGGGGAAUGAAUGAGCCAAUUGGAAGUUAGGGAUGGUUAGGUGACCGCCAGAUUGGGACUUUAGCGAGGACACUGGGGAUAACACCCCUACUCUUACGAUAAGUGCUAUGAGAUCUUAAGUGACCACGAGAGUCAAGACACCCGUUUAACGUCCCAUCCGAAAGACUGCACCCUAUCACUGCCUUGGGGGGUUGGGGAUAUGUUUUUUAGACCAGAGGAAAGAGUGCCUCCUACUGGCCCUCCAACACCACUUCCAGCAGCAUCUGGUCUCCCAUCCAGGGACUGACCAGGACCAACCCUGCUUUGCUUCAGAGGCAAGCCAGCAGUGGGAUGCAGUGUGGUAGGGGUGGGGCUGUGUGUGGGAGUAGCACUACAACUGCUGUGUCCUCACUACUGACCUACGUCACUUCAUCAGUCAAAUAGCCGCUGCUAAUUUUUGUUUGCAUCACUGGCUGAUGAUUUACACAUCUUUUGGCUCAUGUUUGGUUCAUAUAAAACACAGGCCUUUAUUAUGGUUUUAUUAACCAUCUCACUAAUCUGUGUGAACUCUACUGCUAGGCACAAGCUACUGUGACUGCACUUUUGUAACCAAGUUUGAACCACUAUUGGUCUAUUGACCUAGUUCAAAUUCACUCUGUGUGGAUCUGUGGAUGACACUUGUUAUAACCCACAGUAUUAAGAGGAUGGUUUAUUCACUGUGUACAUUCACACACAAUUAGACUUUAUUUAGACUGUUUUGGCCAGUUCAGCUCUCAGAAACACUCAAGUAGAGGUGUUUUGUGGACACAAGUUUACCGUUUUGUUGUCUUUGUUUAAGGACAUAUUCUCACACCCAUAAUAGUAUCUUCAGCUGUGAACAUCAAUCGUUUUUUUGUUUCAUAUAUUGUCUGUUUGACCCCCCCCCCCCCCCCCCCCCCCCACAAAAAAAAAAUAGUAGCUCUUGUUUGUCCUCAUCAGCAUUUCCAAGGUUGACAUAUUUUGUUCUGCGUCUGCUUCCCCCUCCCUCCCCUUUAUUAACAGAGUACACAGGUAGUGAGGAGAAUAUUGACAUCUCAAUAUUCGCUCUUCAGUCCAAAUUGAAUUUGCCACUCAAAUUCCCCCUCUCACACAAUCACAAGCCUGAGUCCUACCACUGCAGGCCCGGAUACAACCAGUCAAUGCAGAUGCACGUGGAUGGUGGGUAUUAUUGUGUGUCUGUGUAUGUCUAUGAGUGUGUGUGUCACUCUCUCCCCUUUGCCAUUAUUCUUUGCCUGGUUUCAGUCCAUAAGUAAUUUGUUCUUUGCGUCUACCUGUGUAUAUUUUCCAUUCUGUAUCAAACCGAUCUUGCUAAUCAUGUUCCACACUUUCUGGCUGGACAAGCAAACAAACUAGACCUGUUGUCACAGUUGAGGACCGAUUCUAUGGUUUAUUGAUUGAAUCCGGGGCCUUUUCUUUGCUGCUAUGGCUUGCUUUAUUCUAAUCAGUUUGUUAUAUGUACGACUCACGGAGCUAUGCAUAAGGGAUAUACUGUAUGUUACAAUGCUGUAGAUGAAAUGAUCUAUAGUUUCCUCCUAUAUUUCUACCAUGGAGAACUCUUUCUCGCUCUCUCUGCUGGUGUUGCAAUAAUCUCUAGAUCAAACACAUCAGUUACAUCCUGAUGAUAUAUCCUGGGGACUUACGUUGAGAAAUAUACUGUUUGGUAUGAAACCAGCUCAUGGAGGAAAUAUAGAUGUGUAUGUAGUUUUCCAUCCCUUGAUUUCCCCUCCAGAUGAGGAUAGCAUCAGUGAUUGGUCCACUGACAGUUGUGAGUGGAGUGAUGAUGAGCUGGGGGCGGAGCUGGACAAUACUACACCACCCCUAAAUCUGGGCUCUGUUGCCUUGGAGACAGGCAGUCAGGAGGUUGUGCGUUGCGUCUGUGAGGCGGAAGAGGAAAACGACUUCAUGAUACAGGUGAGCUGUCUUGGGGGUUUACCUGACUAGCCCUAACCUGCCUCCAAUACACAUACUUGAGACUGAAAUAAAUGUUGAUGGCAAUCCACUAGUCUCUCAAUCAUUUAAAUCAAUCAAAUUUGUCAAACUGCACCUAACUAAAGGCCUAGCCCAACUCUGCUUUAAAAGCAAGCUCAGGCCAACAGUUAGCAGCAGGGGGAAAACUCAGUUUGAUAGUGUUGCCUUGUCUCUCAUCUCCUCAGUGUGAGGAGUGUCUGUGCUGGCAGCAUGGCACCUGCAUGGGCCUCCUGGAGGACAACGUCCCAGAAAAAUAUGCCUGCUACAUCUGCAGAGACCCACCAGGUGAGAGCCAGCAACACACAACUGGGCUUGCUAGAAACUCCAUCUCCGGUUUCUCCUUGGGGUUACUUGGGAGGGGGGGGGGGUUAACACAAAACAAGACAAGCCAGUACAUUUAACUGUGGUUUUUGUGGAUGUGUCUUAUUGUAAUAGGAAUUUCCAGGUGAACAAAAAGGAGAGCAGUCCUUGGUAAAGUCAAUCAAAAAUCAAUCCGGUUUAUUACAAAUUACAACAGGGAGACACCUCCAGCCCAGAAGCAGAGACAAUGUCUAACUGGCCUCCUGGAGACAGGACCUUUUUACUCUAAUCAGACGGCACCAAAUGUUCUCUAAACACCAGCCCGAGAGGCUUGUAGGAAGUCGAAACAAAAGGCAAUGACUUUGCCAGCUGCUACAGAAUCACAGUGUUUAUAAUGUCAUCAAUCAAAUAAUAAUCAGUGUCCUCGGUCCUUGUAUCUUCAGUAGCUCUGGCUUCAAUCACUAUCAACAGAUAUGAGAACAAUCCAUAACAUUCAGUAUCAAGUCUAGUGACCAUCAUCCCAGACACAAAUGAGUGUCACAAAUAGAAUGCUAGAAAUCGUGUAUUACAAGAAAGGGAAAAUAUAUAAAUAUGCAAACAUUGUUAAUCACUCUAAACUGAAUAUUAACUUUUCACUGUACAUUUUCCCCAUCACACUUAUGAUAUCACGUGACCUCUGUUCCAGGUCAGAGGCAAAGCCUGCGGUACCGGUAUGACCGUGAUUGGCUGAGCAGCGGUCACAUGUACGGUCUAUCCUUCCUGGAUGAGAACUACUCCCACCAGAAUGCGAAGAAGAUUGCAGCAACACACCAGCUACUAGGAGACGUACAGCGUGUGGUGGAGGUGCUCAAUGGCCUCCAGCUCAAGAUGAGCGUCCUACAGUAAGUAGUGUUGAAUAGAAUGGAAAAACUAUACACUAAUAUGAAUCAAUAUCUAAUAUCCUUAUGAAAUGUAUACGGUCUGGAUGGAGUCUGAUUGUCCCUGUGUGCCCCUGUAGGACCCAGACCCACCCGGACCUGCAGCUGUGGUGCCAGCCCUGGAAGCGGGCAGAGAGGCCCUGGAGGAGAGGUGGCUCGGGGACGGGCACAGAUGCAGCACCCUCUCCCGCGCCAACAGACGAGGGCUCCGAGAGGGACCACAAGAGUCUCGCCCGUGGGGGCGCAGAAGCUCUGAUGUCAGCCGCCAUGGAGAAGCUUAGCCGAGCCUCCUCUUCCUCCUCGUCGUCUUCCUCCUCACCCUACCAGUCGUUCCAGGACUCGUACAUCUUGAGUGAGCACUGCUACCAGAAGCCGCGGGCAUACUACCCUGCAGUGGAGCAGAGGCUGGUGGUGGAGACCACACGGAGGGGCUCUGAGCUGGAGGACAGCCUGAGGAGCACAGAGGACCUGCUGGAGAGAGAGCAGCGCUAUGGAGGCAUGCUGGAGACAGCCAGGCCCAAAGCCCACACACACCUGAACACUCGCACCAAGGUCCGUUCUGUUUCAGACUUCAGACAUUCGUCUUCAACACCUCUAUCUCUACCUGUCUUGUCUAUAUAUGUUGUACCAUCUAUCUAUCUAUACAUCCCACAUACACUAUAGAGUGGUUGAUACUCUAAAAAGUUAACUUUAUGACUGAAUCCUCUUUCCCAUGUCUCCAGGGUUCAGAUGUUGGUCGGUGGGGCCAGGCUGAGGUGAAGCGGGAGGAGGGUGUUGGCUGCGGUGGGGGAGGGGACGUAGAUGGCAGUGGCCAGCAGCACCAGUGGCAGAUCAACCUGCUGGAUCACAUAGAUGCUGUACAGGACGAGGUCACUCACAGGAUGGAUUUCAUCGAGAGGGAGCUGGAUGGUGAGACAACAUAGCCCCUCUGUUUUCUGUUUAUUAGCAAGGAAGCAUUUUGUAAUGCCACAGAUUGUAUAUGUACAGUGAAUAAGAAAGAAUUUCAAGCAAAACAAGUCAACUGAAGACAGUAGCUUCUUUCUUAUCCAUCACAAAAUUGUAGCCACAAUAAAUGAACCUAUUUCUUAUUGCCACAUAGGUGAAGUGUGUUGUUUUACAGGGUCAGCCAUAGUAGUAUGGCGCCCCUGGAACAAAUUUGGGUUAGGUGCCUUGCUCAAGGGCACAUCGACAGAUUUUUCACCUUGUCGGCUCGGGUAUUCAAACCAGCAACCUUUCGAUUACUGGCCAAAUGCUCUAACCGCUAGGCUACCUGCCGCCCUAAUAAUGACCUCUCAGCUAUGUAUUGUGGAUUUAACAUGAGUAAUUGACAGUGUUCCAUCUUUCCUCCUCAGUGUUGGAGAGCUGGCUGGACUACACAGGAGAGCUGGAGCCCCCAGAGCCUCUGGCCCGCCUGCCUCAGCUCAAACACCGCAUGAAGCUGCUGCUUACAGAGCUGGCCAAGGUGCAGCAGAUCGCCCUGUGCUGCUCCACAUAA